UCAGGAAGCAUCCACGGUGACGACAGCACGUCACUGCUCCCGUCCCGCCAAAUUCAAGUGCAACGCGAUCUGUCUUCCUUGCUACGAACUGUUGCUGGGGUGACCCGGAUCAACAGUCCAUCAACAUGUGGAAUGAUAUUGAGCUCUUAGCAAAUGAUGAUACCGGGAGUUGCCGUUUGAACAUUGAUUCGCGGCAGGAAAGUGGGACAGCCUUAUACCAAGUGGACACACUACUUAAAAUCUCCUCAACUGAAAAAGUAUCAUUUAAUCCAAAACUCUUUGCCUGCAAUUCAGCGGAGGGAUGUAUUAUUGUUGCAGACAAAUCUGUAUGUCUUCUUGACAGCAUUUGCCAGUCUAUUCAGCUUCAGCUACAGUUUGAUACUGAAGUAGAUGUUGUUGGCCUGUGCCAUGAAGGUCAGUUUAUGCUGGUUGGAGAAAAAAAUGGCAAUGUUCACCUCAUUCAUGUGCUGACUAAGCAGAUCCUUAUGACCAAGGCUUUGGUACAGAGUGUUGUAAAAAGUAAUGACCAAACGUUUAAUAAGCUGCUUCUAGAAAAGGAUGUUUCAGAUGAAGGUGUUUACCAUAUGUUCCUUUUGACAAAUGGAGGACUUCACUGUAUCAUGUAUUUUCUUCUUGCAAGGAUAAAUGAUGCAAUUGAGAAUAUGGACAUCAGUUCUGCAAAAGAGUUGGAAGGAAAACUUAAGACCUGCUUUAUUUCAACGGAAGAGUAUCACACAAAUGGUUGUUUGAACUUGGUGAUUGGGGAUCUGACAAGCGACAUACAUAUGAUUAUAGGGGGAAGAGGUGACUAUGUUCUCUCAAAAUGGAAGAUGGAUCCUGUAAAAAAGCAUAUUGCUAUUCAAAAUCUUGCUGAUUCCAGUAUGAUUCAAGGAGCAAGAAAACUUCAGAUUCUGGACAACUUGCUAUUUAUUCUGGAUGAAGAUGGCAUUUUGAGUGUAUGGGAUGUGUACACUCUUAUUUUGGUGUGGGAUUGGCCUUCUUGUCACAUAUCUGACUUCGUGUUGACAACUGAAGGGGAUUCCUCAUCUUCCGUUACACGGCAGCGAGAUAUUAACCUUAAGCUUAUAGCUUUGACAUUUCCUAAUGAUAAACAAAUGAGAAGCCUUGCAGUUUAUUCUUUACCCACCAUGAAUCACCUAUAUUCAAUUGAAGUGUCUGAUGUAUCCACUCUUGUACAUAGUGGCAUCACAAUGGAUACAAUAUACCUUCUUGAAGGAAUAUAUGACAACAAUGAAAGGUCUCCUGAGUGUUCAGUCACUGUUCUUGCAAUGAGAUGUUUAACAGAGGCUUUACCAGAAAACAGGUUAAGUCGAUUACUACACAAGCAUAAGUUUGAAGAAGCUGAGAAGUUCGCUAUUCAGUUUGGCCUGGAUGUUGAGCUGGUCUAUAAAGUAAAGCUUAAUAUUGUACUGGAGAAAUUGGCAUCCACAUCCAGUGGGAGUUUUGACAAAGUCUUCUGGCAGGAACUUGUCGAUGAAGCUAAAAGCAAUCUGCAUAAAAUAAAGGAUGAUAAUUUUGUGGUUGAAUACUGCGUCAAUGCACCAUGGCCAACCUAUGAAACUACCUUUGAUAUGCUGACUUAUGCAAAGACCAGAAUUCAGAAAAAGGAGGACAAGGCUUUACCAGCAUUAUCAGAUGAAAUAUCAGUCUCCAUUACAGAUGUGUUACGAGCCCAAGCUAGACUGACUACAUUCUAUGGCGCCUUUGGACCUGACAAAUUUAGUGGCAUUGAAUGGAUACAGUUCUUAAAAAACAAUGAUGUGCUAAAAGACAUCUUUUUUCAACUUGAAGAGAUGAAUUUAUCUUGUGCACAAUAUCUGUGGCUAAGACAUCAGGCAGAGUUUGAAAGCAAGUUUGAUGAGAAGAUGCUAGAGAAUCUCCUGAGCACAAUUCCUGCAACUAUCCCUUCACAUGAGUUGUCUCUUUGGUUUAAAAACAUAUUGAUUCCUUUUGUAAGAAGAAUUGUGCCAAAAGGACAGAAACUUGUUGCAAAAUGGCUGGAACACAGAGCAAGAGCUCUAGAACUAACAGAUAAGGUCAACUGGCCUGAAAAUGGAUAUGAGAUGGCAGAAGUAUAUUUUAUAUCUAAGGAUCCAGCAGACCUUGGCAUUGCUGCCUCUUGGCUUUGGAUACCGCUUGAAGAAGAUCGUGAUUGUGAGGAAGUACAACAGCUAAUGAAGCUUGUCAGUAGUCUACAGGAGUUGGUUGAUCUGUACAGGAAGUAUAAUUGUAGACUCGCCCUUUCCGAAUUUGAAAAAGAAACUACUACUACGAUUGUGUUCCGUAUGUUGGAUAAAGUAUUGGCCCCUGAACUUAUUCCAUCAACUUUAGAAAAAGUUAUUAGACCUUAUAUGCAUCAACAUGGCCUCCAGGAAGAAGAACUUUUACUUCAGUACAUUAAGGAUUUGUUGGAGCGCUGCAGUUCUCGCUCUGCAUCAUUGUUUGAAACGGCUUGGGAAGCAAAGUCUAUGGCUGUGAUUGGCUGCAUGUCGGAUACAGAUCUAAUAUUUGAUGCCGUACUUCAAAUAAUGUAUGGUGCUGUGUUGCCAUGGAGUGAUGCAGUGGAGCAGCUUGUUAAGCAACAUUUGGAGAUGGCUCAUCCCAAAGUAAAAUUACUGCAGGAGAGCUACAGACUCAUGGAGAUGAACAAACUUCUGCGAGACUACGGAAUCAGGGGCUUUAAUUUUUCAAAUGAUAAACAAAUCAUGGGUUUGAUAAAAUACAUCCUAAAACAAGAUUCCCCAUCGUCUUUGGAGGAUGUAUUAAAAAUUGCCCAAGCAUAUAGGUUGCCUACAGUAGAGGUCUACAUCUUCAGGAUUGUGCAGCUAAUUUACAUGAACAGGGGGGAUGACUGCCUACAUCUUCUGAAAUCUGUUUCUCCCGCUGAAACAGCAAUAGCAGUGGAGCGCCUGUCAUUGUGGGCAAGAAUAGCAUUGGAGGAGAGUCCAUGCACGGAACAAUGUAAAGAUGAUCAGAAAAUGAUAGCAAGAACACUUGUGGAUAUUCUAAAGUUUCAAUUGUGUGCUCUAAAAGAUAAUCUGAGAAGGGAGAUUUGUGAAAGAAAUUUGAAAAUGUUUGAAGCAAUCUCUAAUUUACAGGAAGAUUUUGAUCUAUUCCUUUCACUAGAGGAAUAUGAGAAUCACUCGUUUGUUUCACAGCUCAGAGAAGAGCACAUUAUAGCCUAUGAGACUACCCUUUCCAUGCCUAAAUCUGAAAAGGCACCUAAACAGAAUCCAAACCUUGACGAGAGUUCCAAAGUGCCAUCAACCGAGUCCAAGUUGUACAGACUUGCAUUGCUUUUGCGGCUGACUGAGCAGGAGCUUAGUGCAGAACUGGCCUUAAUGGCUUUAGCUUCUGGGAAGGUUGAAAAAACACUGCAGAUUUGCAGGGACUUAUAUGAACAUCACUGCAAUAGUCAAACUGCACAUUUACUUUUUCUGGUUUCCCAAAAACUAUGUCAGAUGUUGGCAGCAAAUACUCCAAUGAUAAUUCCUUCAGGAAUGAACCUCACUGUUGUCACUUAUCAGUUAGCUUGUCAAGCAUCCACAAUAUGCAGUCCAGAUCUGUUGCUGGAUACUUUGGAAUUAUGUAAAUAUACCCAAAUAGCUAUGGAACUUUAUAGACAAUGCCAAAUUGAAAACUACGGUUUUUUAACUAAAAAUACAAGCUUUGGAGGUGAAAAAGAUCAUUUUGAAGAGUGGACUUACGAAGAUUUCUUCAGUGAAGAUGGAAUUGUCCUUGAUCCAUUGGUGGUUCUACCAGUUGCCUAUGACUUAACUACUGCUUUUGUGCCAAGUACAGCUGGCAAAAAGAUGUAUCCUUUGGAUUGUUCAAAUCUGGCAAGCUGUCCAUAUAUAAAAGGAGAAAAGGCUCUACUUCCUGCUGAAACGCCUAUUGUUGCAUUGUUGGACAAUUUGCAAGAGUGCAGUCAGUGCGAACUCACCUUGCAGCUCAUGCUCCUGGCAUUUGGUACGUGCUUGCAACAUGGAAUUUCAAAUAAUAUGGAUCCUCAACUGAGUGUAAAGUUACAUGGCGAAAAUGUUACGUCAGAAGUCAAAGCAAUCAUUUUAACAUUGGGAGAGAAAACUAUAAAAUUAAUUAAAGACACUGCUGUUGCAUUAUUACACAAGGUUUUUAAUUGCCGUGCAGUGGAUUGCAACCUUGCACUAGCCUAUUGCACGCUUCUCCCCAAAAAAGAAGUGUUUGUAAAGCUCUGGGAUGUCAUAAAUAACACAUGGCAAAAUUACAGCAAGGUUCUGGCCGUGGCUGUGGUUGGAGCUCAGCUUGCACUUGUAUAUAAUGAAAAUGAAGAGAGAUUGAAAUUUCAGGAGCUCAUUACUGAUGCCGAGUGGGGUAUCCAACUUGGACAUUUUGGAAUUUCCUUCCAGUCUGCUUUCAGGCAGGGGUCACAACAGAAGAAAGAACUGAUUACUACAUUAGUUCAGAAUUCAAAUGUGGAUACGUCACUAAUCUUGAAAUAUUGCAGCGUGUUCAGUUUGGACUGUGAUGCUGCUCUCCAGCAUUAUAUAGAAACCUUACUGCUGUCUGGCACAAGUUGGAGACCAAAUCAUGGGGACUGCACUGUGGACUGUAAACAACAUUCUCAGCUGGUUUCUAAAGCAAAAGAGAUCAUCCCUCUCUUAAGUAGCACUGAGGACCUUGUGGUUAGUCUCAGUGGUAUUCUUCUCAAGCUGGAUCCAUACGAUUAUGAAACCAUUGAGGGCGUCUUGCAGGUUAUACUGGCAGCUGAUGAGAAGAAUACCAAUAUCCAACUGAGCCAGGCUUUAAAUUUAGUUAAUCUUCUUACAUCUUACAAGAGGAUUGCACCUCCUGCUGAUUUGGAGCACCAAUACAUUUUGGAGCAAGGCAUUGCAAUGUCUAGUGUUUCAGAUACAAGACUGCCCUUUCAUUUACUCUUCUUCAAAACUUCAACAAGUUUUUGGGGCAUCAUAUCUGCUGAACUGAGUCAGGAGUCCUUUCCAACACUGCUUCUCAUUUCCAAACUCAUGAAGGUUUCACUGGACACUUUAUAUAUGACUGCAGUGAAGCAUGUUUUUGAAAAAAGUUUACGACCCAAAGUGCUGAAAAUGAAAACCAAUGACUGCUCAUCUCUCAAUAACAAGGAAACUGCUAAGACUGUGCUCUCUAUUCAGUCAUACCUUCAGUCUAUCAGUAACCCAGAGUGGGCAGCAGCCAUUGCUCACAGGAUUGCACAAGAGCUUCCAACAGGACCUGAUAAAAUUCAUGCACUAAGGUUUUGUCUUCAUUUGGCUGAAAAGUGGAAAAAGAACAUAUCUCCAAAGGAAGAUGCUCAUGAAAGAGCUGAAGUACUAAUCAAGAAGCUAAGUGUGCAGUACCAGCGGUCGGCCACAGAAAAUGUGCUGAUAACACACAAAUUAAACACUCCAGAAUUUUUGAAACAAAUUGGUAAACCAGCUACUUUAAUUGUGUCACUCUAUGAACAUAGCAGUGUGAAGCAAAGAAUACAAAAUCCAACAGGCAGAGAUUAUCCAGACAUACACACAGUAGCAAAGCAGAUAUCAGACGUGAACAACCUGAAGGUGAGCAAGACCCGGGAUCUUCUUCUUGACAAGUGGCUCUGUCCAGCUACACUACCCCAAGCAGCUAAAGACAAAGAUGUAUUUGGGGACAUUCAAAAUGAUGAGGACCUCAGUAGAGUUAUAUAUCUCCUCCAGCCAUACCCUGUGGAUUUCAGUUCAAGGAUUCUUUAUGCAAUAGCAACUUCAACUACAUCUCCUAUUGGGGACACUAAGUUGACCUUUGCACAUAGAAGUCGUGCUCUUCAGUGCUUAAUCUAUUUAGCUGACACAGCGACUGUGGUAUCACUCGUCAAAAAACCUAUUAACCAAGUAAAACAUUACCUGAAGUGCUGCAUCUAUCUGUCAGAGUUUGAAAUCUUGAACAUCCCAUACACUCUUGAAUCAUUCCAAAGCAGUCCCAAAGAGGGGAUGAUUAAAGGCCUAUGGAAAAACCACAGUCAUGAAGCAAGGGCUGUGAGAUUAGUAACAGAGUUAAGUUUAGAAUACCAAGUUUAUGAUCUUAACCUCUGGAGUGGAUUAUUGCAAAAACUGCUUGGAUUUAACAUGAUGACUUACCUGAGAAAGGUGUUGGUAGCUAUUACUGGCAUACAUUGUCUGUGGGAGGUGCCAAACUUUACGAGAGCAUGGCGCAGUGUUAUACUGGCGCCAUUUGUAUGUGCGUCCUGUCCCCCAAGUCCCUCACAGCUGGAAGAAUGCUAUCAGUCUUUUCUGGUGCUCUUAAAGUGCCCUGUUCUAGCUGAUCUGGAUCUUGUAGGAAUUGCUAAACAGUAUGCGCAGAUUGAUCUGCCGGCAUUUACUUUGGGGUGUCUCCUUUUGAUUCCACGUGUUGAAAAAAGGGAAAAACAAAUUCAGGGUUUUCUAGGUGGCUGCAAUCCAGAAACUGUGUUACUACAGGUAGUGAAUUGUAUGAACACUGGAGAAGUGGCAGGUGUUGCUUCACAGAUCAAGGAUUUAAUUUUGGACAGUAUGAUUGAGAAGAAACAGCUGGAAAAGUUUGUGAAAAGCAGUUGUUAUAAUGUAUUGACACUGCAAGCUAUUAACUCUAAUCGAGUGAAAGAGCUGGCAAAUUACCUGGUAAACAGGAACUGUUUGGAUGAUGCUGCUGAACUUGUAACGGAAUAUCUGAAGCGUCGUGGAAAACCAUUCCCAAGAAACCUAACACCUCUGGACAUUAUGAAGGGAUUUCUAAGUGAACAAACAUCAUAAACAAAGAUGAAAUAACCCAUGUUGGUAAAGACUGUGUAUUUAUUAAAGAAGAAACAAGAAGUCACUGACUAAGAGGUUACUUAACCUGUGGUUAUUUUGGUGUUUGGUGCUCCAAGAAGAAUAGAAAAUUAAAAUCAGCAGUUCUGUUUUGUUGGCACAAAUAUCUUGUUUGCAGUCACAGUAGGGUUAGUUUAAAAUGUGGAUUUUGCAAAAGUAAUAUGGUCUGUACCCAUUUAUUUUUUUCUUUAAUUUUAUUGUAAUUAAAAAAAAAUGUCAAUUCGGCUCACUAUUUUCACUGUAUUAACUAAUUUUGUGCUAAUGAAAAUAGUAUCCUGUAUUAUUCCAUUGUUUAAAAUAAAAUAUAUUAAAAUUUGU